AGAGAUGCAGUGUGGGGAUAUUAGAGUCAGUUUGAUUGAAACAAAUGCUCUUGCAACUCUUUCAAGCCUCAGUGGAGGACUCACUUAAAAAAAAAAGAAACACCAACAUUAAAACUCAAGUGAAACCGUGUUCACACACUCAGGAGAGUUAAAGCCAUGUUGUGAAAAGCUGCUGUUGCUCUGCUGCAUUGCUGUGAUUCAGUUUCUCAUUAUGACUCACACGCGAUUAAUACAUAUAAAUUAAAUGAGAUAUAGCCAAGAAAAUUGAGCAUUUCCACAUAAGUUAUUCCUUAUCAAGCUUCACUCUCCUCUCCCCCUGUGGAGAAAUCACAGUCAUUUUUUCCUCCUAUUUGCAGGCAACAUUUAUUUGCUUGUUUGUGAAAUGGGGGCUAUUCAUCACGGCCAGGCUUGCAGGCCAUGUGACAGGUCCUGUGGAGAGGCAGAUUUGGUCAUACAGGCACCCCCAGCUUCCUACGCCAACACGUCUGCUCUCAUCGUUUCCUGCAAACAGCAAGAAACGAGCCAUGUGCUGCCUUCUUCUUCUGGACCUCAGAGAGCUCAGAGCGCAGCAGUGAGCCCGUUCGCUUUUAUCCAUCACCCCUUGGUGUAUGGGCAAAACGGUGUUUACUUUCAUUAUUUACAGAAACUUAUUUGGAUUGUUUAUACAGUUUGCCCCUGCAUGCAGAAUCUGUCAGCUUCCUUCUACCUGUAUCAUCAUCAUCAUCUGCCCAUGGGAGCAACUGCAGGACGAUGUGCUCAGUUGAACAUCUGUUCGUGCCGAAGAAGAAUUACUUUUUGGUUUGAGAAACGUCUCCGUUAAAAUGAUGGAAAACACUUUUUACUGUGCGAGUAGGAUGCAACAUCUGGACUGUAUAUAAAUCAGUGUAGCUUCUCCAGACUGGGCCCAGUCAAGUUUUGAAAAUACAACUGAGACAAGAUAGCCAACAGAUGGUGCGGGAGCAGUAUGUCACCACCACCCAGGGCAGCAGCUCACCCAGGUCCGUGCCUGACCAUGUCUACAAGAUCGGCAUCUAUGGCUGGAGGAAGCGCUGCCUCUACCUCUUUGUGCUGCUGCUCAUCGUCAUCUUGGUGGUAAACUUUGCCCUCACCAUCUGGAUCCUUCGGGUGAUGUGGUUCAACACGGAAGGGAUGGGACUCCUGCAAGUACACCAUGAUGGGGUCAAGCUGGAGGAGGGCGAGUCUGAGUUUCUUUUCCCUGUUUAUGCUGAGGAGAUCCAUUCCAGAGAAGACUCCUCGCUUGUAGCAAGCUCGUCGGAGAAUGUUUCCCUUAAUGCUCGAAAUGAGAAUGGUGAUGUUACAGGGCGGAUAUCUGUGGUCCCAAAAGAGGCUCAGGGACACACUCAAAAUCUGCUCAUUAACUCCCACAAUGGCAACAUGCUGUUCAGCGCAGAUGGCGACCAGACUGUGAUCGGACCAGACAAACUAAGAGUCACAGGUCCUGAGGGAGCUCUGUUCCAGCAUUCAGUGGAGGUGCCCCAGCUGAAAUCUGAAGUUUUAAAAGACUUAAAGCUGGAGUGCCCCACUCGCUCUCUGAAUAUGAACGCACCAAAAGGAGUUCAUAUCAAAGCCUUGGCUGGAAACAUUGAAGCAGCUUCCAACAUGGACGUUAUCCUGCAGUCAAGUGUGGGGCUACUGGUGUUGGAUGCUGAGACGGUGCGGAUGCCGAGCCUGCCCCUGAGCGAGGAAGGGGUUUCUGGAAAUGCUCAGGGUCUCUACGAGGUCUGUGUCUGUCCCAGUGGAAAGCUCUUCCUGUCCAAGGCUGGGAGAACUUCUACUUGCAGUGAUAAUCAGGAGUGUUAGAGAGACUCUGACAAGGUCAUCAAAGUUCCAUCUAUCUGAGGAUGCAUCUUUGCUGUUAAUAUGAAGCACAAGUUUUUCUUUUCUCUCUUUUUAAUCUUUAUAUCACAGUGGAUCUGGCACAUGGAGACUUGUGGAAAUACAACAGCCCACAGGCAUACAUGUCUGAGAUGUCUGGAAAAACAUCUUUUAACAGUUGCAUUUAUGUACUUCUGACUAUUCACCUGAAACAAAUUGGCUCUCGGCUGUAAAUCUUUCAGCAUCAGAGUUUUGAGGAGGAUUUUUUUUACACACACAGUAUCAUGGCUGGGCAAUGAGGAGCUGGUAACGGCUUACAUCCUAUGCAAUAUUAUCUUGUGGUGCAAUAAACUGAAUGAACACAUAUCAAGGACUUGGAAAAUUGGAAAAUUUAGAUGUUAAUUUAGAAUUUAGCAUGUCCUUAUUUAACUAGAAGGGAAAACUGGGAAAUAUUGGCAUAUUUGUGUCUUUAUCGUAGUCAUUUUGUUCUCAGCACAAGCAAUAGAACUAAUUCUUGCUUCAACCUUAACUGGCUUUAAGUUUUCCUUGUAAAAUGCCAGUAAUUCAGUCUCACACUUGGCAUGUCCUCUUCCUAGUUUAGAAAUCUGUUCAUACUUGGUGGUGUUAUUUUAGAGACCAUCAUAUGCAUGUGCUUAUGCUGUGGCAAGACAGGGUGGUAUUUUUGGAAGAAAGCUGGUCAGUUUGUUUUAUAACCUCACUUACAGCAUGUGAACUGAGAAAACAAAACCACAGCAAAGUUAAAGCAAAACAAGUCUGACAAAGUCUUGGAUACUUGAGUAAAAAGGUGAAGUGAUUAUUUUAAAAACUGCUUUUGCCUUUUGUAUCAGAUUUGCUUGAAUUUAUUCUUUCAGAAUAAUAUGCAUGACAGGUAUUGAACAUUUGCCUUUAUUGUAAAACUGAGAUUUUCAGCUAAUAGUUAUUGAAAGGAGAAUAUUUUGUAAUGACUGUUUUUGAGUUUUGCAUUAUCUUAUGAAGCUAUUUUUAAUAUAAUUAUAAAGUUGUGAAGUUGUGAAAACAAUGUAACCGUUAAUAAAAGUGAUUAUGGUUCUCACCUCAGGUCUGGGAUACUGUAUUUGAUGGUGUGUGAUGUAUAUUUAUUCAUUUUGUAUGUUGAAUAAAACUUGCAAAAAAAAAAAAAAAAGAAUUGUA